AUGGACGAUGCCGCAGGGCCGUUUCUGCGCCACCAGAGCUAUGACCCCGUGACGGAGCUGUACUCGGUGUCCUGCUUGGUAGUCAGCGACAGCACCAUUCACAAGGCUCGCCCCACCCUGGAUUACACCUUCCAAGGGAAGACCACCACCGUUAAAGGGGACCUCCUAGAAACUGUAGACUCCUGGCAGUUCUGGCGUUUCGACAUCUCCGUCACAUGUCGCGAUGCCGAGGCAUUGGUGGAGUACAAGCUCUCCUUCAAGAGAUGGCCAAUCGGUUUUUGGCGUGGCCCCACGCAGACGUGGAGUUUCUGUGUCCCUGGGAAGGACCAAGACUGGCACUGGGGUUUCUACUCAUGCAACGGCUUUCACUGGGAGGACAGGCCCGAAUACGAGGAGUAUGGAGGGAUCGCUCCCCUCUGGUCGGACGUGCUGAAACGCCACAGUGACAGGCCCUUGCAUGUCAUGGUUGGCGGCGGGGACCAGCUGUACAAUGACUUGGUGUGGGAUGAGGAAGUGAACAAAGCCUGGCUCGAAAGGGGCUGGGAUGAAAAAUGCUCGGCCCCCAUCACAGAGGAACAGGAAUUGGCGACGUGCCAGUACUACUUCAACCACUACAAGAGGCACUGGAGCUCGGAGUAUUUCAGGGAUGCGCUGGCAUCGAUACCACAGAUGAUGAUGUGGGAUGACCAUGACAUCUUUGAUGGCUGGGGAUCUUACCCUGACAAGCUCCAGAACAGCCCUGUGUUCCAAGGCGUCUACAGUGCUGCUCGCCGUUUCUACCUGCUGUUCCAGCACCACACGACAGUGGAAAGGGCAAGGGAGCAGAAUGGCCUGUUUGGCAAAGAUGGUUACUGCUUUAUGAACUACUUGGGCAAAAAGGUCGCCCUUGUGGGGCUCGAUCUGCGGUCGGAAAGAACAAAAAGGGUUGUGAUGGAGCCUGAGACUUGGGCGAUGGUGAAACAGCGCAUGGAGGGCAUUCAGGAUAGUGUGCAGCAUGUGGUUGUCCUGUCAACAGUGCCAGUCCUGUAUCCUGUCGUUCCUCUCUCUGAAGGAACAUUGACAAGGAUAUCUGGCAUGGCCAAGAGUGAGGUGUUAACCAAAAUGAUGCAAAUGACCGGCCUCUUCGCAAAAGUGAUGAAUGAAUUCGAUACCCCGGAUCUUUUGGACGACUUGCUGGACCAUUGGACGGCCGACACACACAAACUGGAAAGGAAGCAGUUUGUGGCAACCCUGCAGACACUGAGCUACUCCAAGAAACUUCGGGUGACUUUCCUUUGCGGUGAUGUCCACUGCUGCGGAAUCGGGCGCUUCUACUCGUACCCGAAGCUCAGGAGCUUCGUGAGAGACCAUCGAUACAUGCCCCAAGUCAUCUCCUCGGCCAUUGGAAAUCACCCGCCACCAAACGCGCUCAUGACCCUUCUGGGUUUCUCAUCACGCUCCAAAAUGGUGAACCACCACACGCGGACGAAGAUGGUGAAGAAAUUCCCAGGGAAGAAAAAGCUCUGGCCCCACAGGAAUUGGGCUGAGGUGUUUCUGCGGUGUGAGAAGGAGGAUGUCGAGGAUGAGAAGAAAAAGGGACUGGUGUUCCAGCUUCGGUGCGAGCACCCCGACACAAAGGGCAAGGUUGAAGGGGCCAAAGAUCCCAUGACGUUUGAGGAAUUCGUGCCCAGAUAUGAUCCCACAAAGCGGAAGCUUGUGGACAAGGCCAAGGGCCGAUUUCCUUGGCUGAAGGGGAUAUUCUCCUCUCGAACCCCAAGCGAUGAACCAUCCCUACCCCACACGGACACUAUGAACAUGGCUAUGUGA